AAUAUGGAGUACCACCGCUCUGGAAGACUAAGAUAGUCGCCAGCCGAAUGCCCUCCUUGUCUCGCGGGUAACCUGAAACCUAGACGCACGGGAGUUCGCGACCCGGAUUGCGCCUGCGCGAGACCCAGUUGAACCGCGCGCCUGCGAGAGAUGAUCCGGCAGGAGAGCCUGGUGAGUAGUUGGAACCUCGUUGGAGCGAACCGUAGGACGGCACGGAGCGCCAGACUCUUGAAACCUGCACUGACUUCCCUUUUUUUCCUGAGGUGAAAGCCAGAGAUGGACCUCAUGAGACUCGCCCGGCUCUGCUCUGGCCCCCGCUGCAUGCCGCUGUCUGCCCUGCAACACCUUGACCCUCUCAGAGCAAGGAGGGCAGGGGUCAGCAGAGGGCCUGCGUGGCUGAGGGCUGUGUGGCUGUCCCCACCAGGGUUGGCAGCCUUCAACAGCUCCCUCUGUCAGGGGAGCCAAAAGAACAUGAGGUGCCUCAGCUCUGACCUGAGCCAGCCCAGCCCUGUGGCUACACAGCAGGAAGAGGAGGAGGAGAACUUUGGGACCCUCUCUGACAAAUACUCUUCCCGGAGAAUAUUCCACAAAUCAACAGCCCAGUUACAUAACCUGCGGCUCAGGGAACAGAGUGUUGAAGAAGAUGAGAGAAGGGAACUGGAACCAAAAUCAUGGCAGGGCCGGAAAAACACUCCCUACUGGUACUUCUUUCAGUGCAAACGCCUGAUCAAGGAAGGAAAGCUGGCUGAGGCCUUGGACCUGUUUGAACGGCAGAUGCUGAAGGAGGAGCGGCUCCAGCCCCUGGAGAGCAACUACACGGUGCUGAUCGGGGGCUGUGGGCGGGCCGGCUACCUGAAGAAGGCCUUCAAGCUCUACAACGAUAUGAAGAAGCGGGACCUGGAGCCCUCAGAUGCCACGUACACAGCCUUGUUCAAUGUCUGUGCCGAGUCCCCCUGGAAGGACUCCGCCCUGCAGAAUGCCCUGAGGCUCCGGCAACAGCUCAAGGCCCAAAACUUCCAGCUUAACUUGAAAACAUACCAUGCCCUGUUGAAGGUGGCUGCCAGGUGCGCGGAUCUCAGGAUGUGCCUGGAUGUGUUCAAGGAAAUCGUCCACAAAGGGCACGUGGUCACAGAGGAGACCUUCAGUUUCCUGCUGAUGGGCUGUAUCCAGGACAAGGAGAAAGGCUUCCGAUGUGCCCUUCAGGUGUGGAGGCUGAUGCUGAAUUUGGGGCUCAAGCCGAGCCAGCAUGGCUACAACCUACUAUUGGUUGCAGCUCGGGACUGUGGCCUGGGGAACCCAGAGGUGGCUUCAGAGCUGCUUCUGAGACCCAAGGAGGAGACAGUCCUGCUCCAGCCCCCAGCAGGCAGACGACGGCAGCAGUGGACAAGGAAGAACACUCAGGCUGGGGCAAGCGAUGGCAUGUUAGUCAAGCUACAUGUGGAAUCCCUGGAGAGGAAGCUGUUUCUGGAACCUUCUCAGGCAUUGGAGGGUCCUCCAGAGCCUCGGGAGGUCAAAGUGCCCAGCAGGGCCCAACCUAAAGUAGAAAGCAUUGCAGAGCCUGACCACACCACAGCCCUUACCCCUGUAGUCCCGGAGCCACCUUCCUUGGAACUACAGGCCAACCUCCUGAUGCCCGGGACCAUCUCACCGGCUGUGGUCUCUUUUGGGACAGUGACCACACCAGCAGACCGGCUGGCCUUGAUGGGAGGCCUGGAAGGCUUCCUGGGCAAGAUGGCAGAGCAUGGGCUGCAGCCAAACAUCAGAACCCUUACAUUGCUGGCUGAGAUGGUGGAGCCUGGGAGCUCUGCGGAGGCUUCACUGCUAGCCACCCUGGAUACGCACCAGGUGGAGGCUGAUGUGACAUUCUUCAACACAUUGGUGAGGAAGAAGAGCAAGCUGGGAGACCUAAAGGGUGCAAAGGCGCUGCUCCCAGUCCUGGCAAAGAGGGGAAUCGUCCCCAACAUGCAGACCUUCUGCAACCUGGCCAUCAGCUGCCAUAGGCCAGGAGAUGGUCUGCAGCUUCUUUCAGAUAUGAAGAAAUCCCAGAUGACCCCGAACAUCUACAUCUACAGUGCCCUUAUCAAUGCGGCCCUCAAGAGGCUGGACUAUGCUUACCUCAUUGACAUCCUGAAGGACAUGAGGCAGAACCAAGUCCCAGUGAACGAAGUGGUCAUUCGCCAGCUGGAGUUCGCAGCCGAGUACCCACCCACCUUUGAUCGGUACAAAGGGAAGAACACUUAUUUGGAGAAGAUUGAUGGUUUCCGAGCUUAUUACAAGCAGUGGCUGAAAGUGAUGCCAGCAGAGGAAACUCCCCACCCCUGGGAAAAGUUCCAGACCAAGCCCAAGGGAAAACAAGAUACCGUCACAGAAGCUAAUGUGGAUGGAGACCUGGGGAGCAGGUGAAAAAGUGGAACAAAGCAAGCACCCAGCGAGAGCCUGAGUCCCUUCCAUAUUAAAAACUAGUGAAUGUGCUGGUGUCAACUCAUGCACGAGGGAAAGGCCAGGCCCAGAGGAAGAGCUGCAGUAUUUUCCAGGCAUUGGUAUGAGGACAAAUGCUGGGCCCACGGUGCUCAAGUUCAGAGCAGGUCCAACAGCAGCCUAGGGCACCUUUACACAUCAUCUGGGGUCAUCCUUGCCAGAGAGGUGUCAUCCCCAUUGCCAGUGAGGAAAGAAAC